CCGCGAACCUUCUUCCUCGACAAGAAAUGAAAACUUCUCCGAUCUAGCAAACUACAUAAAGUUUUUGUAUUUUAUCAAUUCCGUUUCUCCUUAAAUCAAAACCAUGGGAGACAGUCAAUAUUCAUUUUCUCUCACAACUUUCAGUCCUUCAGGAAAGCUAGUUCAGAUCGAGCACGCCUUGACAGCAGUAGGAUCGGGUCAAACAUCUCUUGGAAUCAAAGCUGCUAAUGGGGUAGUAAUUGCUACUGAGAAGAAAUUGCCUUCAAUCUUGGUUGAUGAAACCUCUGUUCAGAAAAUACAGUGUCUGACACCAAAUAUUGGAGUUGUUUACAGUGGUAUGGGCCCUGAUUUUCGAGUUUUGGUUCGGAAAAGUAGAAAGCAGGCAGAACAGUAUCAUAGAUUGUAUAAGGAACCAAUUCCAGUAACACAGCUUGUAAGGGAAACUGCAGCUGUGAUGCAGGAGUUCACUCAGUCUGGUGGUGUAAGGCCUUUUGGUGUAUCUCUACUGGUUGCUGGAUAUGAUGACAAUGGUCCACAAUUGUAUCAGGUGGAUCCAUCUGGUUCCUAUUUCUCAUGGAAAGCCUCAGCAAUGGGGAAAAAUGUCUCAAAUGCAAAAACAUUUCUUGAGAAAAGAUACACUGAUGAUAUGGAGCUUGAUGAUGCUGUGCAUACUGCUAUUUUGACUCUCAAAGAGGGAUUUGAAGGACAAAUCUCAGGGAAAAACAUUGAAAUUGGGAUUAUUGGAACUGACAAGAAAUUCAGGGUACUAACCCCGGCUGAAAUUGAUGAUUAUUUGGCUGAAGUCGAGUAGCUUAUCUUCUUUCUCGAGACUAUCAAGAAGUGUUCCUUUUUAUGCAACAUUUGUUUUGAGACCGUACAUUUCAGUCAAAAAUGAUUUACUUUACGUUUCUGGUAUACUCAUGUUUUUAGCUUUGUUGCACCUCAAUUUUAAGGGCAUGCUCACAUGCUCCUGUUGGUUAUAGGGAAUAUCUUCAGGGUCUCUCUUCUAGGUUUAAACCCUUCUGCCUUGUUCAUUUAAAACCAAUCCUUUGUUGGGCAGUUUUUUGCCGUCAAAUGAGGGAUUCUUUACUCAAUUUACGAACAUUUUCACAUGCA